AUAACAAGGCUCAAUUAUUGAUUUUAUUUAAGGUCACGUGUCUGCGGAUAAAGACGCCGAAGAAAGCAUGACAUCUUUUCUGAAGUCACUAACAAGAAAAUCCACCUCUUCAGCCGCAUGCUCAACAAGUAGUUCUUAAGGCGUCGCAGUACUGUAUUUUUACUAUGAUCGAACCAGCACCACAAGCAAGACUUUUUCAAAAACUGGGUCAUUCUCGAGAUAGUUGUGAUAUCGUUAUUUCUUUUCUAAGGGAUUGGAUGACAACUUACGUUUUAUUAUUUGGUGCUUUUGUUGUCGUCAUUGUUGCUGUUGUAGUAGCAGUACUAGCAAAAAUAAUUGGUUCAUUUUGUUUUAUUCCGUCAUAAAACUGACAGUUACAUACACGUUCCCGUUAAAAUCCAUGUCGGCUCGUUUGAAAUUAGUUCAUGGCGUUUUCAUAAUGUAAAAUACUGGUUUAUACCAUAUUUAAAGUAUGUCAUUAUAUGAUUAUUAAUCAAAUAAUGUAUGUCUUAUUAUUAUUGUUUUCGUUUAAUCGGAUGCAGGUUUUAUCAAUCGUGUAACUAAAUAAACUUCGCUGGCUUGGAUCUAAAAUAUCAUGUAGACUUAACACUAUAUGUUAUGAAUAUGAACUGAUGCGCCAUUGUGUAGGUAAAAUCACUAUAUAUGCAUAUAGCAACCAAUCCAUGUUUAAUUAUCCAUUGGGUUCAUGGGGAGCUUAAAAACGCAAAAAAAAGAUCAUUUCAACGAUAAAGCUGAUGUACCUUAGUUCAAAAACGAAAGUGAAGCUGCAAGAAAGUUUAUUGUGCUAUCUAUAGAGAUCAACACAUUUAGUUCUCAAUCUUCACGCAGAGUUGUCGUUCCUUGCUCUCACUUACGACUCUGCGAAAUGCUCAGCUUGCCAUUUUGUCUAUAAAAUAGGUAAAACCGAACAAACGCAUUCAAUGUAUAUUUGAUUGGAUAUUUAAGAUCGCAUGCAUUUCAUUAAAAAAUAUUACUUUUAAAUGAACGAUACAUCGUGCAAAAACUUGCGAGUUUUAAUGCAACUCUUUGGAACUAAUUUAUUGCCCAUUUACGCAGAUGGAAUCAUUCCACGCACUUCACAAAUGUAAAUAAUUGAACCUAUUUUUUUGAGUGACGUUAGGAAUGGCUUCGACGUGUGUAUGUAUGUUGGUUUCUUAAAAAAACAUAUCAAUUUUAUAAUAAUGAAUUUAGACUGGUAUAAGAUAUCAUGGUGUGAGAUGGUUUUCCUUUAUGCAGUGGAAGCAAUGUAACCGUCGUGCAAGAGAUUGUUUAGUAUUAUGUAAACUCAAUGAUGAACGCUUGGAAUGAUCAUAACAUAAAUGAGACGCUUUCAUAACAAUAGUCCGUUUUGAGCCCAACACAGAGUUGAAUGUAAUGUAACCGUCGUGCAAGAGAUUGCUUUAGUUCUAUUUCAAUUAUUGGGAAAACCUAUUUUCGUUCUGGUUUUAAUGGAAGUCGUCUAGGUACAGUGAAUACAAUGGCCCGAAACAGGUCAGGCAAACAUAAACAUCCAAAACGGAAAGAGAGGAAGGCGUGGAAAACAACCCCCGAUGUGGCAAGUAAUGUUACAGAUGAUAAAGAAUUCUCAGAUAUAAUUUCAAGUGUUCUUGAUCAUGUUGCCGUCAGUGAAAAUUUAAUUCAAUUUAGACAGAAAGUAAUGUUAUAUAAUGAACGUGCACUAACAGUACAAUGCAUGGCAUUUGGGAGUAAUAGACGAGCUUUUACAUUUGGAAGUCAAAUCGAGGGCACUACAACAAUCGGAAUGAUGUCUGACAUAGACAUCCUUUAUCGUUUGGAUUCGUUUCGUUUGUUUCUUGAUUCAGAACAUCCACCUCUUCAACCGCAUGCUCAACAAGUCGUUCUCAAGGUGAGCACAAACUGUUGCGCGUCGCAGUACUGUAUGUUGACUAUGAUCGAACCAUCAACACAAGCAAGAUUUUUUCAAGAACUGGGUCCCUCUCGGGAUCGUUUUGAUAUCGCUAAUUUUUUUCUAAGGGAUUGGACGACAACUAACGGCAUGAUUCCACAUACAGUUAUGUUCGAUACUCUAAACUAUCCUCCACCAAAAGCUCAACACGCAAAAAGACACGGACCUGCAGAAAGUUUUGGGAUUAUGGACCAUGUUAACGCAUGUUACUGUAAAAGUCUUCCUAAGCAAUGCAAGUUAAUUUUUAUAAAGCCUCGCCCUGGUCACUGGCCUUCGGAGAAGACGUUAAAAGAAGCAAAGAAAUUUGGCGUCUUUAUUAUACCGCAGGGACCCCCCAAAAAUACGAACAUAUGUACGUACGAUUAUUUUGAUUACCAUUGGCGAAUUUCCACAAAUCUAACAGAGCGGCUAUUAAUGUUCAGUUUAGACAAAGUACAUCUGAAAGCAUAUGUUCUUACAAAGAUAAUAAGAAAGGAGUUGUUUGUGCCAGAAUAUCGAGACAGGCUGAGUACAUUCCAUUUCAAAACAGCCUUCUUCUUUGCGGUCGAGAACACCCCGCCUGAUGUGUGGAUUGAUAAUAAUCUGAUCAAUUGUGCCAAGAACAUUCUGACAACUUUGAGGCGCUUCUUAACUCGCCGAAAUUGUCCACACUUAACUAUAGAGAAUGUUAACCUGUUUGAUGGGAAAUUUGAAAGAUACGAGUUUCCGAAAUUGGUUGAUAGACUUACAUGUGUUAUUAAUUCACUGCGGACAAAGAUCGAAAAUAUACAACUGGACGGCAUUGGGCAGACGCUUAAUAAGCGCAGUGCAAUAAAACAUGAUCGCGGCAGAUGUUGUUCUAAUAAUUCAGCGCUAUUUGUUUUUGUAUUCAAUAUGUGUGAUGAUUGUGGUGGGGUGUUUUCCUUUCCAGAAGUUCCCGUCUAUUUCUGGAAAGUUUGUUUUGAAAACAUAUAUACAGGCUUACAAACGUAUUAUCGCACCCAGUUAGGAAAAUACAGAAAGUAUGAAUUGCAAAGCGUCAUGUCUCCUAUGGCGAGUAGGGGUGCUUCGGCGUAUUUAAAACAGAAGGCAGAAUGUCGUGAAUAUAAUGACGAUGGUAUCGAUAAAGCAAGACACAUGUUUAUACAAACUCUAUAUUCUGAUAAUAUUGGCAACUACAUGAGAUAUUCUUCCUUCCUUUUCUGCAAUGAGGAAUAUGACGAAGCAUGUAAAUAUUUUGAGUUGAUAGAAGAUCUGAUACAAGGAGAUAAACAAUCUAAUCUCGUGUACCAGUUAUGUGUUUCUCCAUCGGAGUCAUUAGCUUUGCAGAUAGCAAAUCAGUCAUAUGAAAAGACUUCCAAACAAAAGAGGUCAGUCUUUUUGAUCUUUAGUAAAGAAGAAGCCAUGUGUGUUCCUGUAUUCCUGCGGUACGAAAUGUUCCGAGACAGUUUCGGCACCUGCCAAUCAUGUGAGGUUGAGUUAAACAUCUAUUUUGACGAUAUGUGUGUGCAGAUCGAGCCAUAUCUCUACUAUUUACAGUAUCUUACAUACAGACAACUUCACCAAGAACCUAAACAGUGCGAAGCUUUAGUGAAGUUAUCAAUUUUCACUGAAAUCGUUACAUCCACAAGAGUUAUCUCAUCUAUUAACAAUUGCCUUUUAGCACGCGGCUUCUUAAAUACAUCUUUGAAAAUGCUAGGACACUGCUUUGAACUGGAGAACAAGUUGGAAACUGCGUGGAAGACUUACACAACUUCUUUACGUUUGAAACCUGAAAAAAAUGCGUCCGCCCUGCAUACAACUCGACUUCUGUGGCGAGUCGUUCAAAGUCUGCGGACUUAGGGACAUUUGAAGUAAAAUCUCGAAUAGACAAAGUGAAAAUGUUCUCUAUUAUUAAUGUUAUGUGACAGAAACAAGAUUUAACACUGGCGUUGAUUAAUACCCCAAAAUAUCGCUAUGACAGGGAUUUUCAGGUUUGACAUUUAGUUCUGUUAUUAUUUAUACUUGCAUUGUCAAAGAAUGAUUCAACAUGAUAACAGUUGUACUUUUCUCGUUAAACUUUAUCGAACGAAUUGCAAUAAAUAUUCGCAAUUGCACACACACAUGAAGAUUCAUGUUAUCUCACUUAAGACUUAGGACAGCAUCUAACAAAUUUAUAGGAUUGUGAUUGUGAUUUGCGAAUGGGGGUGGUUGGUUUUAUUAUUAUCAUUUAUUAUCAUUUAUUGUUUUCUAUAAAUAUUUUACAAAUGAGUUGACUGUCUUUAAUGAUGUAUCAUUACUAACGCUAAGCUGUUUUAAUAUACGAUGCUAUUUAUUGCUAUCAAAAAUGUGACAUUACAUUUUUAUCUCCAAAUAAAACGAAACUGUAUUUUUUA